AUGAUCCCAAAAAUCGGGGAAAUGACAGACCCGUUGGGGUUGAACAGGAGGCAUCCAUCGGCGCACUAUCUGGGAGACAUCUGGCACAAGUGGUUCUACGAGAUGCCUAUGGUAAAGACGUGGGUGACGACGGACGCACUUGGACACGUGAAUUAUCUGCAGCGUCGAGCUCAAUUGGUAGACGGGCGUCUGCUGGCGGGCGAUGCUUCAUUCAAGUACGCCAAGGUUAUCCGACUGCCUACAGGGCCGGACGGGACGCGUGCACGGCCCGUGUACGGCAUAUUUACGAUCAUGAACGAGUACGACCAGGUCGUUUUUUCGAAGGCCAUGAAAACUGCGUCGGUCCACGAUCUCAAGAGCGACCUCAAGAUGAUGUUUGUUCAGCGCUUCGUCGGCCACGGCUUCAAGCUCCCAGUGAUCCUCUUCACAGUCGAUCUUGCGGUUGCUGAGCUAGCCAAGGGCUGUCAAGACCAGGGGGACGUCUUGGGAUUGGAUUGUGAGUGGGAGCCAGCGCUUGGCGGCGCGACACCGAAUCCUGUCUCGACUCUCCAACUUUCGCUUCCUGACGGCACCGCCUACUGCUUCCACCUUCAUCGACGGACCAACCGGGCAACCGCCACAUCCACAAUCCCGAAGGUGUUGCAGAGUCUUCUCGAGAACGUUCCGUCGCAAAGGUACGUCGGUGUAAAUGUGAAUUCUGACGCAUCCCUGCUGGAAAGGUAUUACGGAGUUAAAGUCGCCAACAUGAUCGACGUACGGACCCACGCACGGGAAUGUUGGGUUGAGACCUCGUCUCGUUCUCUGGCGGGUAUGGCCUCUUCAUUGGUAGGGAAGGCCCUUCCCAAGGACCCGACUAUUCGCUUGUCUCGUUGGAGCAACCCGUCCCUGACGGAUGAACAGGUACACAUUGCCUGCCUAGAUGCUUAUGCAUCCGUUCUCGUGCACCUGGAGGUCGAGAGGCGUAAAGAUCCCAUUCGGAACCCAGCUCCAACAACGCUGCCGGCGGGUACAAAGGUGGACUACACGGCGACGACGGGCAAGGCGUGUAGUUGAAUACAACACUUCCUACGUCGUAGCUAACAACGGUUUUCGGGUUUGUCUUACAAUAUCGCGCUUGAUGUUUCUUUUGUUUUUUUUAAUGAGGUGUAAGGCGUUGCAAACCAAAAUUUAACCUUUGUACGGAUUUUUGAGGCCUGCACGUCGUUGUUUGUUUCAUGCGUGUUCCGUCCGACCGGCAGGCGUUCCACCGUGGGUGUUGCCCUGAUGCAGCAACUAAUGAAGUGCACUUGUCUGUGGUGGUGCGUGAGUUGGUGAUGUCGGCGGGGGUAGGAAUGUGUGCUGUUUGUGUGUGGAAGGUGUCGAGGCGCAAGGUAGGUAUAGAGGCGGUGAUUAUCUUGUUGCUGGCGCGAGUUUUUGUUGUUGUUGAUGUAUGUUGUAUUUUCGGGGUGAACUGGGAUGCGUGUGUGUUCGAGUAUGUAUAUUAGGAUGUGUGUGUUCGGGUAUGUAUAUAAGGGCGUAGGUACGGCGGAAAGUGUGGUGGCGUGUGGUGUGGUUUUUGACGAACGGCAGGCAGGGUAUGGUGUGGAUUAUCU